AUGAACAGUAUAACUCAAGUAUCUGAUGUUCAGUAUUCUAUCUAUCAUACCACCCAUUUAUUUUUAUGUCUUUCAUCCUGUCUCUCUCUUUCUCAGCCUGUAUGUCUCUCUCUAACCCUGUUCUCAGCCCACAUGUCUCUCUCUCCCUCUAACCUCAUUCCUGUCUCUCUCUUUCUCAGCCCACAUCUUAUAUGUCUCUCUCUCUCUCUAACCUUGUUCCUGUCUGUCUCUUUCUCAGCCCGUAUCUCUCUCUUUAACCCUGUUCCCAUCUCUCUCUUUCUCAAUCUGCAUGUCUCUCUCUCUAACCCUUUUCCUGUCUCUCUUUCUCAGCCCACAUGUCUCUCUCUCUCUCUUUCUAACCCUGUUCCUGUCUCUCUCAGCCUAUUCCUCUUUCUUUGUUAUAACCUCAGCUUGUUAAUAUCUAUCCAGCCCUGUCUGUCUUGGCUUAUCCAUAUCUAUCUAUCUAUCUAUCUAUCUAUCUAUCUAUCUAUCUAUCUAUCUAUCUUCUACGGAAAUAGUGGUAGAGCAGUAAAUCUAUCUGUCUUUGUCAGUCUGUUCAUAUCUAUCUAUCUAUCUAUCUAUCUAUCUAUCUAUCUAUCUAUUACACUGUAG